AUGAAAGUGUUGAAUCUCGCUAGCGCAAUUGCGUCGGUGUUAAGUGUCUCGUUGGCUUCUGCUUCGUCGAACACAUGGAGCAAUGCACAGGACUCCGACAGCAGUGUAGAUUCUCCUCAUAGAGUAUCUGACAUUUCGCUGGACGUAGCUUCGGUCUAUGAAUUGAACACUGCCAAUUCCAACGUCAGUCCAUUUAUCAGCCAUGGCGAUUUCCACGCAUACUUGCUUGAUCGUUUCGAUGCCACUGAGCAUUACAGUUUGGGUCCAGAUGCCGAGAGCAAGCUUGAAUUCAUUGAACACCAGCACGUGUUGAGAAAGAACGUCCCAGUCUUGCCUCAGUUGAUUGUUUCUAUCCAUGGGGUAGAUACUCCUGAAGAGUUCUUUUCUGAGCGUCAACCCUCAUACACUGUUUCUGACACCAAGUCAACCUCAACAAAGACUUUGGACGUCAUUUUAUUUCAUAAUUUCCGUAGACAUUUCCUCAGCAGCCAUGUAAAUUAUUCGUUGGUAGACUUGACGAAGGAAAUGAUGAUGUACACCUCCGAACCGGAGUCAACUUCCGUUCGCCACUUCAGAUACUUCAAUGAACAGUUGUUACGUAUCUGGCAGUCGUACAAGAGCCACUUUAGCAGAAAUUCUGAGGUCGAUAUUGGUUUCAGUCCUUCUACUCUCAAUUUGAUCAAUGACAAGUUGUUCAUCAACGAAUUAUCGCAAUUGGUCCAUUUAAGCAACACAAAAGUUGAAAACAAUGAGGUUGUUUUCAUGACGUUGGAUUCUUUGUUGUCAUUAGCCAGAAAGAUCGGACACAACUCGUCAACUUACAACUUCUCCAAGAAGGUGUUGUCCGACUACUUGGUGAAGUUGUCUGAACAGUUCGACAUCACCGUAGUUGUUCGCAAGGACAUGGGUUCGCACCACAACGCCAGAUUGAACAAGAGAGGUGAUGAGUUGAACAAAGUGUUCCAGUCCAACGGCAUGUCUAAGAGAGGUACCGUUGCUGGUACUGCCUUCUACGAAUCUGAAGAUGCCUGUAACGCUGGAACCUCCACCUGUUCUGGUCAUGGCUCUUGUGUAGAGCUCAGUUCUAAAAAAUGGGGCUGUUCUUGCAAGCCUUCUUUCGAUAAGGCCAAGUCCAAGACGACCAAAUGGGUUGGCUACGACUGCGGCAAGAUUGACAUCUCCGCUGAAGCCAACCUCUUCUUGUGGUCUGGAUUGGCUUUGGUUGUCUUCUUGGUUGGUGGUAUACAAUUGUUGUUUUCAAUCGGCAGUGAGCCAUUGCCGGGAGUAUUGGAUGCAGCAAUUCUCUCCAAGAAGAACGCAUAG